UAAAGAAACUUUGAAUUUAUAAAAAACCUUAUUUUAGAAAGUACUAUACCAUAAACGAAAUUCCUCGCCAACAAAUAGCCAAAAUCACUAUGGAAAAAAAAAGCCAAAAUCUCAAUUAUCCAAUAGCCACUUAGCCAGGCAGAUUGUGAGAGACUAGGUUGAACGACGCGAAAGUGAGCGCGGAAAAACAAAAGGACACCAGGGAAGCUUCGGCAGUUGCAGGGUCUCAGUACUCACAAGAAGCCCACUACCCAAUCCUCUGCUUCACUCCUCUGUAAACGCGCAAUUCUCCUUGUCAUCCUCCUUCAAUUCCUCGCCUCUCAAAACACCGCUUUCUUCCCAGUUUUCCUUUUUCCCCCUUUGCCCUCUUAGAUCUUCAACUAGAUUUCGACCACCCUGUAAUUCCACUCUGUUUCUCUCGGUUUUAGAAAAAAAUAAAAAAAAAAAAUUAGAAAUAACAAUUGCAGUGUGCUGCUUGCCUAAAGUGCAGAUAUUUAGGACCACUACCAGUGCCCGGUGAAAACGCUUGCCUUGUUGCUGGGGAUACCGGAUUGGAUUCGGAUAUUCCACAUUGCAGGAAGACCCCAUUGAUCAAAGGGGAGUUGGAGCUUUGGCUUUCGAGAUUUGAAUUCCCUUGUUACCCUAGAGAUUCAGGAACUCCUGUUGUGAAUGUUGAUAAAGGAGUCUCCUUUUUUGUUUUAUGUAUUGAAUUGCUUGAAUCUGGGGUCUGUUUGAUUGCUGGUAUGUGAAAAUGGUUGCUUACGGGAAUUCUCAUUGAGUCGAUCUGAUUUGUCAACAGGAACACGAUUCAGGCCAUUGUCAUUGAAUAUCCCUAAACCUUUAUUCCCCUUAGCAGGACAACCAAUGGUUCACCAUCCAAUUUCUGCUUGCAAAAGGAUUCCAAACUUGGCUCAGAUCUAUCUCGUUGGUUUCUACGAAGAGCGUGAAUUCGCACUGUAUGUGUCUGCCAUAUCUAAUGAACUCAGAGUGCCUGUCAGGUAUCUGAGAGAGGACAAACCUCAUGGUUCAGCUGGUGGACUUUAUAACUUUAGAGAUCUGAUCAUGGAGGAUAAUCCGGCCCAUAUAUUUUUGCUGAAUUGUGAUGUUUGCUGCAGUUUUCCUCUCCCUGAAAUGCUUGAAGCACAUAAAAGAUAUGGUGGGAUCGGAACUCUCCUUGUAAUCAAGGUCUCGGUGGAGUCAGCCAGCCAGUUUGGAGAAUUGGUAGCUGAUCCAGUGACAAAAGAAUUGCUGCAUUACACAGAGAAACCUGAGACAUUUGUUAGUGACUUGAUAAACUGUGGUGUCUAUGUGUUUACCCCGGAAAUAUUUACGGCCAUCCAAGGAGUUUCUUCUCAACUGAAAGACAGGGCUAACCUUCGACGUGUGUCAAGCUUUGAAGCUCUUCAGUCAGCCACAAGGAGUUUCCCUUCAGAUUUUGUGAGGUUGGAUCAGGACAUUCUGUCACCUCUUGCAGGGAAAAAGCAAUUAUACACAUACGAAACCAGAGACUUCUGGGAACAAAUUAAAACUCCUGGCAUGUCUUUGAAAUGCUCUGCUCUGUAUCUCGCUCAAUUUCGAUUCACUUCUCCACAUCUGUUGGCUAGUGGUGAUGGUUCAAAGAGUGCCACUAUUGUUGGUGAUGUUUAUAUUCAUCGGUCCGCCAAAAUUCACCCAACUGCUAAGAUUGGUCCUAAUGUGUCGAUAUCAGCCAAUGCUCGUAUAGGGCCAGGUGCAAGGCUAAUCAGUUGCAUCAUCCUCGACGACGUUGAAGUCAUGGAAAACGGGGUUGUUAUCAAUGCUAUUGUUGGGUGGAAGUCUUCCAUUGGGAAAUGGUCUCGGGUCCAGGCUGAAGGUGCAUACAAUGCAAAACUGGGUAUCACAAUUCUCGGUGAAGCUGUAACGGUGGAAGAUGAAGUGGUGGUAGUGAACAGCAUUGUACUGCCGCACAAGACUUUGAAUGUUAGUGUCCAGGAAGAGAUCAUUUUAUAGGGAAGGAGACAGCUGCUCUUGUAUUCUUUACUCUACAAAAAAAAAAAAAAAAAAACAAAGCAACUGUUUCCUCUUGUAGUUUUGAACAAAAAACCUCACUCACAACCUAAUCUGUAAAAUCUGUAAUUUUUAUGAGUGUUAUCUGAUGCAAUUAAAGUACGAGUGAAGGGGUUGGCUUGGAAGCUUGUGCAAUCACCUAACCCGUGCGACAAUGACAUCUCGAGCAACAACUUGUCC